AUGGUGGAGCGCAUCGAGCAGGGGGAGGAACUUUGCACCUCAUAUCUGGACCUGUACAAGGUUCGCGCAGAUCGGCAGCAGGCGUGUACUUUGACCGGGAAGGACAGAGACGCCAGCGAUGCGAGCCGCCAGAGGUUGUGGCGACUGUCUCAAGAGCUGGAGGCUUCUCCUGAGGAGAAGUUGGCUGACAUGGUGGAGGCUGGCUUCGAAGCUGCGGCGCAACUCGGGGACUUGCCGCUGGCGGAGGACAUGGCGCAGCGGGCCUUGGACCAGGUCUUGCUGGUGGAAGGGCCCUCUCCGCGGGCGCAGAUGCUGCAGCAGUGCGUGGAGCUCUUCGGGGGCUGUUAUGGCAUCGCACAGCCACGGUGUAAGGAGCGCAAGUACCCCCAGCGGUACAGCGGAGACUACUUCCGCGACACCUUGCCCAGCGACCUCUACGAGUUGGAACAGGCUGUUGUGGACGGCGAUGUCUUCACCGUGCGGAAGCUCCUGCAGGCUGGAGUGAACCUGAAUGCCCCCCUGGACAGCAACCACAUGACGGCGCUGAUGAUUGCCUGCAUGAUGGGCAAUUGGGAUCUUAUCCAGUUGCUGGUCGAGGAUUUCGAUGCUGAUCUGGACGGCCCGCUCUCUAGAGCAGGCCUGCGAGCCAUCGACUAUGCUGGCUAUGAGGGCUUCAGGUUCCCGAGCGAGCACCCCAUCUGCGAGUAUUUGAAGAGCAAGGGCUCGCAGCACACUUGGUGGGGAGCUUGCUGCGCAGGUGAUUUCAACCGCGUCAAGGAGUAUGUCGACAAUGGCCAGGAUGUGGAUGAGAUCAAUCCCGUCCUUUGGAACGGCAACGGGGUCUUCAUUGCGAAGGAGUUUGGGCACAACAGCAUCGCCCAGUACUUGCUCACCAAGGGCGCAACUGUUGUGAUCCGGAACUGCCACACCAUCGACACACACGAGAUGAAGUGGUCCAUCGGAAGAGGCGACGCCUUCUUCUACAAGGCCGGGGCCGAGGUCGGCCGGGGAUGGUCGGUGGUGGGAUGGCUGCUAGAGGUCGGCCCUGUGGUUUCUUGGUUGGAUGGCUACUAG